AUGUCACGUUUUUUCGUAACUGGGUACACAUCAGAUUCAUCAUCUGAAGAAGAAGAUUUAUUAAGUACAUCUGAAGAAGAAUUACUUUCAUCCUCAGAUGAAGAAGAACUUGAAGAAAGUUCCGAUUUAGAAUUCCAAGAUGAAUCAGAUGAAGAAAGUAGUUCUGAUGAAGAAGGUCGUCCAUCCGGUCCUGCUUAUUUCUUGAAGAAAUCAUUUCUUAAAGGAGCUGGUGGUGAAAGUGAUGAAUCUGAAAGUGAUGAUGAAGGUAAAAAAGUAGUUAAAUCUGCCAAAGAUAAAUUAUUAGAUGAUAUGAAAGAAUCAGUUGAAGUCAUCAAUGUUAACAAAAGAAGUAAUAAUUGGACUCUUGUUUUAACUGAAUUUGAUAAAUUAGGUCGUUAUUUAAUAAGAGCAAAUCAACAAAAUAUUGGUACUCCAAAUUUCUUUAUUACAUUAUUAGCAAGUUUAGAAGAUUAUGUUAAUGCAACUGCUGAGAAUGAAAAGGCUGAUAAGACCAUGAAUGCAGCUGAAGCUAGAGCUUUUAAUACUACUAGACAAAGAGUUAGAAAACAAAUUAAAGAAUUCCAAUUCCAUUAUGAUUUAUAUAGGGAAAAACCAGAACUUUUUGAACAAGAUGAUGAACCAUUGAAAGCUGAACCAGCUCAUGAAGUUAAUAGAACUGGUGAAGAAGGAGCAGAAGGUGGAUUCCAAGGUGUUAGACAUUUAAGUCCUGUUUUUGCUACUUUGAAACAAAUUCUUGAAAGUCGUGGUAAAAAGAAUGUUGAUAAAUAUGAACAAAUUCAAAUUUUAGAAGAAUUAUUAGAACAGCAUUUAGGUGAUGGUGUUUUUGAAUUAAUUAAUAUUUAUCAAACUUUAUUAUCAGUUAGAUUUGAUGCUAGUUCAAAUCAAACUUUUAUGCCGGUUGAAAUGUGGCAAAAGAAUCAAAGAGAUCUUAAUUCAUUAUUAAACUUGUUAGAAACUAAUAUUAAUACUUAUCAAGUUUCUGAAUUAGGUGAAGUUACUGAUGAUAUUGAUAUUGAACCAACUCCAAAUACUCAAGGGGUUAAAGUCAUGUUUGGAUCCAUCAUUUCUUCAAUUGAUAGAUUAGAUGAUGAAUUAACUAAAUGUUUACAAAGUACUGAUCCUCAUUCUACUGAUUAUAUCGAAAGAUUGAAGGACGAACACAUUGUUUAUAAAUUAGUGGUUAGAGGUCAAUCUUAUUCCGAAUCCAUAACUCCAGAAGAUGUAAGAUUAGAUUCUGAACAAUUGGCUAGAAUUGUAUUGAGAAGAUUAGAACAUAUCUAUUAUAAGCCUGAUCAAUUGAUUAAAUCAAUUGAAGAAGAAGCUUGGAAAGAUAUUGCCAAAGAUUCAACUAUCAUUACUAAAAAUUCUACACCUUCUGAAUUAAUAGAUGGUUUAAGUGGUUUCUUACAAGAACAUGAUAAUGUAGCUUAUGGUGAACAUGCUAUACUAUUCUCCAUUUAUUAUUAUGCUGUUAAUAACAAUUAUGCCAAGGCUAGAGAUUUAUUCUUGGAUGCUCAAUUUUAUAAUAACAUCAACAAUGCUGAUUCUACUUUACAAGUCCAAUAUAAUAGAGCAUUAGUUCAAUUAGGUUUAAGUGCUUUCAGAUCCGGUUCUAUUGAAGAAUCUCAUAAGAUUUUGAAUGAAGUUGUUAAUUCUCAAAGAGCAAAAGAAUUAUUAGGACAAGGUUUUUCAACCAAAUAUCCAAGUCAAGCAACCACGGUUGAAAAGCAAAAAUUAUUACCAUUCCAUCAACAUAUCAAUUUAGAAUUAUUGGAAUGUGUUCAUUCAACUUGUUCUUUAUUAAUAGAAAUCCCUGCUUUAGCUGCUGCAUCUCAUUCUGCUAAGGAUUCUUCAAAACGUAAAGCAAAUAUCAAAUCUUUUAAGAGUAAAUUAGAAUUCCAUGAAAGGCAAUUCUUCACCGGUCCUCCAGAAAGUAUUAAAGAUCAUAUUGUUCAUGCUUCUAUAGCUUUACAUAAAGGAAAUUGGGCAAAAGCUUAUAAUUUAUUAUCUUCAAUUAAGAUUUGGAAAUUAUUCCCAGAUAACGAUGAUUUAUUAAAAAUGAUGAAGAAUCAAUUACAAAUUGAAGGAUUAAGAACUUAUAUCUUUACUUUUAAAUCAGUUUAUUCAAAAUUAUCCAUAUCUAGAUUAUCCAAAAUCUUUGAACUUUCACCUGAAGCCAUCACCGAAGUCUUGGAUAAAAUGAUCGAAUCUAAUGAUAUUAAUGGAUCCUUUGAUGAAUCUAAACAAUUCAUCAACUUCACACCAACUGACCUCACCCCACAAAGAUCAAGAUUACAAGAAUUGGCAAUUGUAAUGAAGGAAAAGAUUAAUGUCCUUUCCGAAAAGAAUGAAAAGACUUCUUCGAACGGUUAUGGAAAGAGACAAUCCCCACAACAACAACAGCAACAGCAGGAACAACAACAGGAACAACAACAACAAAGAGAUUUGAUCCAAGAAGAACAUAAUAAGUUCAGAUAUGCCAAUGUUAAUGCUAACAAUGAUGAAUUCCAAGCUACUGUUUAG